UCGAGACACUUAAGUUGACAGUUGUGAGUGAAGCGCUGCCAGUGAGCAGUCCACUCGCCAGUUUUGUGAACACCAACGUUAAUUCGUAUAAUAUACUUUAUUACCUUGACAUAAGGAUUUAGUGAAAUGGCGAAAUUAUUAAGUCAAGAAUUACCUGACAUCGAGAACUUACUUAAACGCAACCCUACUGUAAGACCGUUCAGCAAUCUGGUACCUUCGGCUGAAACUAAAAGAAAUAAACAGCAUUGGAAGAGAAACGUCGAUCGAAAAUGCACUAGCUGUCCUUCACUCACGAAGAACUUCGAUGACAUCAAGCACACUACUCUCUCAGAACGAGGAGCGCUGAAGGAAGCUGCAAGAUGUCUGAAAUGCGCGGACGCUCCCUGUCAGAAGUCUUGUCCAACUCAGAUAGAUGUCAAAUCCUUCAUUACCAGUAUUGCCAACCGGAAUUACUAUGGAGCUGCAAAGGCAAUUUUGUCGGACAACCCUCUUGGGUUGACUUGCGGAAUGGUCUGUCCCACAAGCGACUUGUGUGUGGGCGGCUGUAACCUACAUGCUAGCGAGGAGGGAGCCAUCAAUAUUGGAGGACUGCAGCAUUUUGCUGUUGAAAUUUUCAUGAAGAUGGGUAUUCCUCAAACAUUAGAUCCAAAUACGAAACCUCUAAGGAAAGGAGCUGAUCAUAAAAUAGCGCUGAUCGGCGGAGGACCAGCCAGCAUUAGCUGUGCAUGUUUCUUAGCACGCCUCGGAUACAAGAAUAUCACUGUUUAUGAAAAGGAAAAACAUCUCGGUGGUUUGAGUUCAUCGGAAAUACCUCAAUAUCGUUUACCAUAUAAUGUGGUACAAUAUGAAGUAGAUCUUGUUAAGAAUUUAGGAGUGAAUUUUGUGACCGGCCGAGCCCUUUCUACGAAAGACAUAACCGUCCAGGGUCUUUUAAAUGAAGGCCAUGCAGCUGUUUUUCUUGGUAUUGGCCUUCCAGAACCAAAAAGCAUACCAAUAUUCAAAAACCUGACGCAGGAAAUGGGUUUCUAUACCAGUAAAGAUUUCCUCCCGCUUGUAUCUAAAGGAAGCAAGAACGGGAUGUGUUCUUGCAAGAGUGCCUUACCAGAUCUCUAUGGUAAUGUUAUUGUUUUGGGAGCUGGAGACACAGCGUUCGAUUGUGCAACAUCAGCGCUUAGGUGUGGUGCCAGAAGAGUAUAUGUCGUAUUUAGAAAGGGCUUUACUAACAUACGAGCGGUUCCUGAAGAGGUGGAUUUAGCCAAGGAAGAAAAGUGCGAGUUUGUACCAUUUAUGUCUCCGCGUGAAGUCAUCGUCCGAGAUGGAAAGAUAGCUAGCCUUAAGAUGUGCAAAACAGAACAGCUUGAUGACGGUGAAUGGAUCGAAGACGAAGAGCUGAUCAUGACUUUAAAGGCUAAUUUCAUCAUAUCCGCAUUCGGUUCAGGACUUUAUGAUACUGAUGUUAAAGAAGCAAUGUCUGGGGUAAAACUGAACCGCUGGGGGCUGCCAGAAGUGAACAGCACGUACAUGCAGAGUGUUAGCAACCCUCGAGUAUUCGUUGGAGGGGACCUGGCUGGGGUUGCAGAGACCACCGUGGAGUCUGUCAACGACGGGAAAACCGCCGCAUGGUUCAUGCACUGCUAUCUUCAGGGUAUCCCCUUCGACGCACCAGUAGAACUACCAAAGUUCCACUCCCCUAUUGAUGACGUCGACUUAAGCGUGGAGGUGUGCGGCAUUAAGUUUGAGAACCCAUUUGGCUUGGCGAGCGCUCCACCCACCACUAGCUCAGCUAUGAUACGAAGAGCUUUCCAGCAAGGCUGGGGAUUCUGUGUCACUAAAACUUUCGGAUUGGACAAGGACUUAGUCACGAAUGUUUCACCGCGUAUCGUACGGGGAGUUACCUCAGGUGAGAACUUUGGUCCUGGGCAAGGAUCGUUCCUCAACAUUGAGCUGAUUUCGGAGAAGUGUGAGGCGUAUUGGUGUCAGAGCAUAAAAGAGCUGAAGAGAGACUUUCCAACUAAGGUGGUAAUUGCUUCGAUAAUGUGUUCUUACAACGAAGCAGAUUGGACGGAGUUGGCGCAAAAAGCAGAGGCCUCUGGUGCUGAUGCGCUGGAACUGAACUUAUCUUGCCCACAUGGAAUGGGAGAAUCUGGGAUGGGCUUAGCUUGUGGCCAGGAUCCCAAGCUAGUUAAGGGAAUAUCUCAGUGGGUUCGCAAAGCAAUCAGUAUACCGUUCUUUGUGAAGCUAACACCAAACAUCACGGAUAUUGUUGGUAUCGCAAUCGCUGCACAUGAAGGUGGUGCUAGUGGCGUAUCAGCAAUAAAUACAGUGUCAGGACUGAUGACUGUAAGAGCUGACGCAACACCCUGGCCUGGAGUAGGAAUAGAGAAGCGUACAACAUACGGUGGUGUGUCGGGUAAUGCAACUAGGCCGAUAGGUCUGCGAGCGGUUUCCGCCAUCGCAAACAAGCUGCCAAACUUCCCAAUUCUAGGCAUCGGCGGGAUAGACUCCGCUGAUUCUGCACUACAGUUUAUAUUAUGCGGAGCUCCUGUUGUUCAAAUUUGCAGUGCAGUACAGAAUCAAGACUUUACACUGAUCGAUGAUUACGUAACGGGUCUCAAAGCCCUCUUGUACUUGCGGGCUAAGGGUCUCGACGGGUGGACAGGUCAAUCUCCACCAUCUUUCAAGCACCAGAAAGGAAAGCCCGUACAAACUUUGUACGAUGAACAAGGAAAGGUACUAGCACACUUUGGACCUUACGGUAAAAAGAGAGAAGAGAUACUGGAAUCGAUUCGCGAAAAAUCAGACAUUCUCGACGAUAAUAAGGUUCAAAAUUCGACAUCGAAUGGCUUGACCAAUAGCCACUCCGAAAUACCCAAAAUCAAAGAUGUACUAGGGCUAGCACUGCCAAGAAUUGGUAGCUACAAAAAGUUGGAUAACACCAAACAAGUCGUCGCUCUUAUUGAUGACGACAUGUGCAUCAACUGUGGCAAAUGCUACAUGGCGUGUGCUGAUUCAGGAUAUCAGGCAAUCGACUUCGAUGCAAAUACUCACAUCCCACAUGUGACGGACGAUUGCACGGGCUGCACGCUCUGUCUGUCUGUAUGUCCUAUCAUAGAUUGCAUUACAAUGGUUCCAAAACAAAUUCCCCACAUCAUCAAGAGAGGUCUGCAAUACCAAGUCCACCCCAUAUCACCAUUGGAUGCUGUGUGUCAAUAAAAGUAUAUUUGUAUAAAAAUAUAUUAUAUUUUAUUCAUCA